CCGAAGUACGAGAAACCAUGACUCAUUACUAGAGGGUUUGACCAUGAUUAGAUGGUUUGACCCAGCCUACAGGGUCACAAACUUACUUGCAUACGACGAUGUGCGAUACAGUAUUAAGUAACAAUAACAAUGUAUACUGAUCAAAACGAAAUUUUCAUACCGUGAAUUUUAAUAUUAAAACCGAACCGGAUUUAACCGAGAGGUUUCAUGCUAGAUCACAUGACCAAUGCAUUCCACGAAAUAUGCUAAAAAUAAAAUAAAGACUGAAGCAUUUAAAACCUGAUGAUUCCGGUAAGCUAUUUAAGAUUUGGGUUUUGAUGAAGACGGACAAACACCUACUACUGGCCCAUAAUGUUUGAUAUAAUAUCAAGGUCGACUCAAGGCGUAAACUACUAUACAGGAGAAAUGGAUUCAGACUGGAACGAUGUCAACCAACUCCAGCCAAGCAUAGCGGAAGGUUUUACACAAUAUGAUAGCAAAGAUAGUAUCGAACCCUAUAUGGAAUAUUUGAAUGUUGAAGAGAACUGUGUAUACAACACAAUAACAGUAGAACCAGUUACAGAAAAUAGUACACCAACUUACACAAAUUUGUCGCUUAAAAUGGAGCAGAGAGAUUGUGUUUAUGAAUAUUGGGAUGAUUAUGUCAGCGGCCGUCCCUUCUACAACAACCGAUCACACUUCAACUAUUAUAACGACGCUCAAUGUUAUACAAAUAUCAACUCUGGAAAUUUCAUUGUUUCCAAACCCGAGGAAAUGUCCCUGUCUCAAGACAUCAACUAUAGUCCCGAACUUAUACAGAAUAGCGAAUAUAGUCUUGAUCCACCGAAACACUAUCGCAGGAAACCAGGCAGGAAAAAGGGACAGAUUUCCAAAGUUUAUCACCUGUGGGAAUUUAUCCGAGACCUUCUCAAAUCCCCGUGUUAUAGAGAUAUAAUCCGAUGGGAAGAUCGCGACAAAGGUAUCUUUCGGGUGUUGAAAUCUGCAGAAGUUGCGAAGCUUUGGGGCCAAAAGAAGAAAAAUAAGCUAGCAAUGAAUUACGAAAAAAUGAGCCGUUCUCUACGAUAUUCAAGAAAAGAAGGAUAUUUUAUGGAAAUACCAUGUGAUGGAUCUUAUCCCAAGAAGUUGUGCUUUAGAUUUGGUCCAAAAUCUCACGGCUGGAAGUAAUCGAACUCUCUGUUCUAAAGACUUUCCUAGAAAUUUUAAAGACAUUGACAAAUGUGCAUGUUAAUUAGUCAUACGCUCAUAAACACAGGCGCACAUACACGCACUCACACACACACACACACACACACACACACACA